AUGGCCACCGUGCAAAGGUCCCUUGAGAACAUUGACGUCGAAAAUGCACACACUGAGAAAUCAGGAGUGGUCAACACGGAGCAGUGCUCUCACGCCAUAGGAAUGAGCUUGGACGAUGAAGAGUUCCUCGCCAACUUCUCAGAAGAAAAGAAGAAGAGUGCCAUCCGUAAGGUCGAUUGGCGACUCAUACCAAUGCUGCUGAUGCUGUACUUGAUUACAUACAUUGAUAAGACAAACAUUGGUGAGGAGAACUCGGAUGUAGAAGUGUUCACUAUCAGCAGGCUGACUUUGAAAGGAAAUGCCAAGAUUGAGGGUCUCCUCCCCAGCUUGGGCAUGACCGGAACGCAGUACAAUAUUGCGCUUUCCAUUUUCUUUAUACCUUAUGUUCUAGCUGAGGUCCCAAGCAACAUGAUCCUCGAGAGAUUCACGCACCCGUCGCGAUACCUUGGCUCAAUGGUUUUUGCCUGGGGCGUCAUCAUGACAUGCACUGGAAUAGUACAGAAUUUCCCUGGUCUCACAGUAGUCAGAUUCUUGCUUGGUCUCUUUGAAGCAGGUUUCUUUCCAGGAGCCAUAUUGCUCAUAUCGAAAUGGUACCUCCCGAAUGAGACUCAAACUCGAAUCGCUCUUCUAUAUUCUUCAGCUGCAUCCGGUGGCGCAUUUUCAGGCCUUCUAGCCUUUGGUCUGGCCAAGAUGGAUGGACUCGGUGGUCUAGAAGGUUGGAGAUGGAUUUUCAUCAUUGAAGGCAUCCUCACCGUUUCCAUGGCCGUGACAUGCUUUUUCCUCCUCGUUGACUCGCCCGCCCUCUCCUCGCGCUGGCUCGACCCCGAUGAGAUUCGUUACUUCGAGCUGCGCCAAUACGCUCGAAGGAUGCACAGUGUUCAGGCGUCGGGAAAGAAGAAGACAGUGCACUGGGGUGCUCUCUGGGCUGUGCUGACCGACUGGAAGAUCUAUCUCCUGAUCGUCGCCAACUGGUCCAACGUCGUCCCCAACUACGCGCUGAAAUUUACUAUGCCGCAGAUCAUCAAGAACAUGGGUUACACAUCGGCAACAGCGCAGCUGCUGACCAUCCCACCAUACGCUGUUGGAGCCCUGGCUGCAUACGUGUCUUCGGUAUUUGCAGACCGCUACUCGUGGCGGAUGCCGUUCAUUGUUGGGCCACAACUAUGUUUGGUAGUGGCGUUCUCAAUUCUGUUUACAAAGUCCGAGCAUAUCAAGGAUAACGUUGCGGUCUGUUAUUUUGCUGUAUGUCUUGCUUGCUCUGGGAUGUAUCCUAUCCUUCCCGGUCUCAACGCCUGGAAUAUAUCGAACCUUGCAGGUCCAGAAAAGCGGUCGAUCGGGAUCGGUUGGUUGAUCUGCGCUGGAAAUGUCGGUGGGGUCAUUGGGAGCUAUAUCUACAUUGACGAUGAAGCACCAAAGUAUCCCACCGGAUACGGCACGUCUUUCGGAUUUGCUGCAGCAGGCAUUGUUGCUUGCUUCGCUCUCGAAUUCACCCUCUGGACAAUCAACAAGAAGAACUCGAGGCACACUGAGGAGCAGAUUCGGGCUCAGUAUUCUAAUGAGGAGCUUGAGAAGAUGGGUGAUAGAAGCCCAUUGUUCCGAUACACCUUGUAG